AUGUCAGGUUCAUUCCCCGUCGAUUUCCCAUCCACCCAAUUCACAUUCAACAUGACAGCACCCACUACCAAGCAGACCAGCGCUGCAGGCAAAGUCGGUGCACCUGCACAGUCGGCCCUGAACUUAGCCGAUCCCCUUUCUGGCAGGCUCAGAAAUCUGCAGUUGGAUCCAGAGCAACAUGCACAGUCGGUCAUGAACAAUUUCGGGGAUUUGCAUUUGGAUAGAAAGCAACCGGGCUCUCUAACUCCCGCAUCGUCGCACAUUAGCUCUCACGAUGCUAAUGAAUUUGACGAAGACUUCGAAGAGGCCUGGGACCAGCAAACUCCCAGCAUCAAAGAUGAGAGCAUCCCAAGAGCAGCCACUCUCCUGUCGGAUAUCCAACUUGCAAUGCAGCAAGGGUUGAUGGUCAAUUGCAUCAAGUGCAGAAUUCCAAACACAUACAAAGUAUCGCAAGUUUGGUUACCCAAUCCCUCCCAACCACAGCUCAUUGCUCCCGAUUCGGCCAAUACCAAAAGCCAUUUGCACAUUGCCGCAUGUGCUAAAUGCUCUUUCGGAACUUGUUUGGGUUGUGGUGUAGCUCCACAUCUAAAGGAGUGCACCUUUUCGGAUACUAGGACAGCCUGGGAGGCCUUGAGCGCUGUCGACGAUGCUGCGAUCAACUUCCGGAAUGAGUCACCACAUCUCCCAUUGACUCACGCAACCAGAGAGCUUCUUCCUGCUCUUUUGAAAUGCUUGACGACGCUCAACACUACCGUUGCCAGAAACGGAGCGAUUACUUUCGGAUUCGACCAGCUUCUCCGCAAGAGUAUGCUUCUCGAUCUAGUUGCGGAUUUCAUGAGAGACAUGACUGCCCAGACCAUGGAACUAACUCCACUACUCGUUCAAGUACUGGAGUUCUUACACAUGUUGGCCGAAAACGCCGGAACUAGAAAGUUGUUCUUCGAAAAACGACAAGAAUUGAAGACAACAUCACCCGGUCUUCAGACUUUGGCUUCCCCUUUGGUACUGCUUCCAGUCCAACGAGUCUCUGCAUACAACUGGAGCGAUCGGGAAGCCAGAACAUACACUCUUUGGCCAUUAUUGCAAAAGUGUCUAAAAGCCGCCCAGCAAUAUAUGCUCGAAAAUCACGAUGAUGUUUGGUCUGCGGCUCUGGUUGCUCUCGCUCAGAGAGUUCCUGAUGUCUAUGCGUUGGUGGCAAGCUCGGUGCCACCAAAGCCUCUCAAGCUUACAUACACACACUAUACUCAACACGAGUUAGGAUAUGCAAUCGGCUUGAGAGAACUGUUCACAGUUGCAGUAGCCAAGAAAUCGGAAGCCAAGAAGGUAGCUGCUACCCAGGAGGAUACCAGCAAGAUGGAGGUUGAUCCUCCCCUGAAGAAGCGUGGUCGUGCUCGUGUUCGGGCAGAAGCUCAGGAUGUUGAUCAAGAUGAGGCCAGCAGGUGGGUAAAGAGAAGAACUGCUGGCAAGAGAUAG